AUGCGGCACUGGACAGCAUUCAGGCGGCCACUGGGGUCUGUGCAGAAGGCACCGUUUUUACAGCAGCGGCGCAUGUCUUCGGAGAUGCCGACUGAGCAGGAGCUGCGAAACGCGUACGCAGCGCUGGGUGUCGCCACCUCAACCCCAUUCCACGAUGUGAAGAAGCGGUACGUGGAGCUUGCAAAGCAACACCACCCGGAUGUAAAUGGUGGCAAUGAACACAACGCAUCCUCCCGCAUGGUGAACAUUAACAACGCUUACGCGACACUUAGUCGCUUUCAUAAGGCAGGAGGCGUCCUGCCGAAUAUUUCCCAGUCAUCAUCCCGUGACAACGGUCAGUCGUACUACACGGCACAGGAUGAGCCGUAUCAACCCUGGCACGAGGACCUCAACCCGCUCAUAUACGAAAUGAUGUGGGAUGAAAUGCGCCGUCAGACUAAUAGCGAGGCUUUUGCGCGCGCCGCUGCGGCUUCUUCUGCUGCUACUGGUGGUGGUGGCCAGGAAAGCAGACGGCGACAGAACCACCAGCAGCAACAUCGCCGACAAGGGAGUGAGACGUCAAGAGAUGUCCCCCCAAAGGCGCAUGGAGACAACAGCCGUCGGAAACCCAAGAAUGGGAAUUACCGAAAGGCAACGACGUGGCCUGAUGCUGACUUACAGGCAAUGGUGAACAUGUACCAGGAUGGAAAGAGCUUUGAAUUUAUCGCGAAUGCUUUAGGAAAGCAGACGGUUGAAGUUGUCUCCGAGUUUAACCGCUGGAGCGAGGACAAAAAGCGAUCCAUGCGCCCGGCGCAACGGAGACAACGAGGAUACUAUUACGCGGAGUCUCCUGAUAUUGAGUUUGCGGAUUUUGAUGAUUUUAACGAUCCCUUUGCUUACGGCAUUGGGGAUGAGUGUGAUUACGUAGACACGGAAGACGUAUUCUUUGACGGUGGAGCCAUGCCUUUCUCCGGUGGACACUAUAUGAGCGCUCACCGUCCGCGGCGCGGUGGCGGCGGUGGUAGCGGAAGACGUGGAUCGAAUCAUCGUCCGCGGUGA